GUCACCUGUGUAGGUUGUAUGCGCGCACGCAUCGCGAUUCGCUAAUUUGAAUUUUAUCUCGUUAAACCGGACUGGUUGAUUGUCCGAUAUUUUCUCGCUUGUUCCGUUAGUGUUUAGUGCUUGUGACAUUGAAAAGACUAUUUGUGACGGCCAGUGCUUUCCUGUCGACCGGAUUUGUCACUUUAAGAUACACGAUAUUAUAACCGAGCAUCAUAUGAAACUAGAAAAUCACUUUUCCAAAUAGGUACAAAUAAACAAGAAAAACAGGCUGUCGUGCGGAUUAUAGACCUACAUUCGAGCGACCGGAACCAUUAUGCCUUAUACAUCAACUAAUAUCUAAACCGCCACCUGACUAGAAUAACAACCGGAAGAGCCGUUAACAAAUUAUGUCGAUUCAUUAAUCGAUAAUGAUGGAGGAGGUAACUACCCGGCCGAAUCUCGAGUACAUCGCCCCUCUCUCAACCAAAGUUAUGCCGAGGACCGGAUCGACUACUUUUACACAAAUCACUAGCGAUGAUUCUAAACUUAGAGUGAACGGAUUCUCUGAUAGCCGUGCUAACAUGGACUCUCUAAGUUCGAUGCACUCGCUUGUCCUUGAUUCUAAGGCACCAUCAGCAACGGUAUUUGUUGCGGCGACCCAGUCAGAUCGACCUGAGAGCACGCCUUGCACAGACGCACUAACCGCAAACGGCCCGCACGUGGUUACAAUCAGAAUAAACACAGACACAGAUAAGCCAAAAGCCCCAAAAAUAUCAAGUGUCCAUCUCAAAAGUGACGUCGACUUUGAUACUUUCAAGAUCAGCGAUGCAAACAAGAAAAACAACAGUCUCGUCCGGCUCAACGUAGAGGAUAGCCGCCCGAAAAUACUCGAAGCGGAAGAGUUCUCCAAGGUCGAUAAAGCGCCGUAUAUUUACUGUAACUCGUACGUGAAUCCGAUGACCAACAUGAUAAUGUCAAGCGGCCAGUGCUCACCGAGCGACACGUUAGAUUCAGGCACGUGCAGCGACCUUGACGGAACGCCGCCCCCUCUGCCUAAAAAGAAAUUGUCGAAAUCUACCAAGAAAUCUGUAUCUGUUACAGUCAUUAGCUCUAUAAGAAAUCAGGGUGAAUUAGAUUUUGAAGAUAACGACUCCAACAUAUCGUGUGACUCAUUAAACAGCAGUGAAUUGAAUGGAAGCGUGCAUGCCGACGAAAGUCACAGCGAAGACGCGAGCAAAAAAGAAAAGAAACAAUCGCCUGUGCCUUUGCAAACGUUCGCUAAAGUAAACAAUAAAGAUAGCUUUCUACCGCAGGGUUUGUUGCAAGAUAUUAGAGACCGCACAGCGAAACUAACGACUGUGGACAUUGAAAGUGAUUCGUCAGACGAACGUCAAAGGGAAGUUAGCCAGAAUAUUAAUGAGAAUGCUAAUAUUCCGAAAGAAAGUGCGCAGUUGACGUCAUUCCUAUUGGUUUCCCAGUACAACAACGAGUUGAAAAAGAACAGUUCUGAGUCCCCGGAGAGAGAGGAGAGGAAGGAGAGGGAGAGCCUUAAAUCACCAGUUAUAACUGAAACUACGUAUGAGGAGAGAAAAAACUUGGAAAAAAUGAAGGAAGAUCAAAUUUGUUACAGUAGCCAUUACUUUGAUACGGAUAAGUUUUAUGAUUUUCAUCUCAACGAAAAACAAUUCGAUGACGUUUCAGUGAAAAGUGUUAGUGUUAAAAGUGAGUGCCCCGAGUCUGAGAUGGAAUAUUUUGCUGGAAUAAAGGACUUUAAGAGUGAAGAGGCGCCCUCUACAAUAAGAAGUUCAAAGGGAACAAUCCGUGGUGUGAAAAAUCGCGUCCGCGCCGGUAUUGCGACAUUCCUUCAAAUGCAAAGCACUACUAAGAGUUACAAAGAAAAAGAUGCCGGAAAAGUAGUUGUGUACACCACAACUAUGGGAAUCGUAAGGAGCACGUACCAACGGUGUGUGCUGGUGAAAAAGAUCUUGAGAAACCUCAUGAUCAAGUUUGAAGAACGGGACGUCUUUAUGAGCGUGGAGUACCAGGACGAAAUCAUGGAUCGGAUGAAGAGUGACCAGAUUCUUGUGCCACAGCUGUUCGUCGAUGGAUAUCACAUUGGGGACGCAGACACAGUCGAGAAAUUAAAUGAGUGUGGAGAAUUGAGGAAGAUGCUGAAACCAUAUAAGAGUCCAGACGCCUGCAACACCUGCCAAAUGUGCGGUGGCUUCCGCCUUCUCCCGUGCCGCAUCUGCAAGGGAUCCAAGAAAAGCCUACACAGAAACCACUUUACAGCUGAAUUCGUCGCUUUAAAGUGUAUGAAUUGUGAUGAAGUCGGCUUAGUAAGGUGCGAAGCGUGUUCUUGAUGCGUGUGGGAUGUAAGCGUAAAAUAUUGUGCGUUGUGCUCCUAUGUUUGGUAAUCCUAUGGAAAAUGUGAAUGACGCAUUCCAUUGAAGCCUCAAAUACAUUCUUAUAAAUGUUUUUAUUAAAUACACGCUAAUGAAAUGAAGAGACGUUUAAUAAUAUUUUAUCUUAAUUUUCGUACAAGUAUCUUCGAGUUGCAGGGUUAUUCCUGCAUAUUUUCAUUUUUAAUCCCUGUACGUGCGGUUCUUUGUUUCAAUAAUGAAGUUGAUGUGUCAAGUGAAUGCAGAUUUUCAUUAGAAAUCUAAUCCCUGCACGUGUGGCUUUGUGUAACUGUCAAUAAUGAACCAAUAAGAAAGUUGAUGUGACAUUGACAUAGAUGGCGCUUUGCAUAAUAAAUACGCUGUCCAAAUAUUGAUGUACCAGCCUUCGUGUAAGUUAAUUGUCGCUGUAUAUGUCGAAGGUUGUGAUAUAUAAUAAGCGCUGAACAAGAAACAUGUAUUUUUUAUACAUAAAUGUAGGCUCUAUCGUCACAAAUGUUAUAAAGAAGUUAGUUCAUGCAAAUAAAUGCCAUAAUUUAGUUGCAAUACUCUUUACAAUUGUUAUUUUUUAUAGUUUUAAAUAAAUUCAAAGAGAUUUAUGUAUAGCAAUGGGAAUAUUGUCUUAAUACUAACACUUAUUCCAUUAAAAUAUCUUCGAUUUCAGUUUUGUAUGCUAUUCUUAAUAGUAUUCUAUCGUAUGCUAUAUUUAAUUCUCUUUGACCUUAGUGAAAUAAAUUGGUAAUUGAUUAUUUUUAGAAGAUUGGUUUCAUCGAUUUUCAUUACUCGAGGUAGCAACAGAUGGCGCUAUUAUAAACGAAGAAAUCAGAAAAAUUAUAUUUUAUUAAACUUUACAAAUCGAUAAUGAUUUGUUGGAGUUAUAUGUGAUAAAUUUAUUUUCAUAAGCGCAUUGAAUUAAGCUUAUCAAACAAUAAUUAAAUGAAUUUAUAUGUACAGCUUUGUAAAAUAUUAUUUGCA